UGUUUUUUUCCAUUCCCCCCCCACCCCGCUUUAAAAGCAGAGCAUCGAGACGCGAAAUUUAAGCGAUACAUUUCCUCUUUUAAAAAGUGUUUCCUAGGUCCUGGUAUGGCAGCGUGCUUGGCUACAGAUUCCCUAAACCCAGGCCUGCUGACUCCAGGCUCCAUCAGGCAGCACGAUGCGAGUUUGUUGGUUGGUGAGUAAAGAUGGGAGGCACCAACCGAUACAACUUGCGCACUCAGUUUGUGUAUUGAUCGGAAGAAGCCCCGAAACUCGAAUUACAGAUAAAAAAUGCUCACGGCAUCAAGUACAGCUGAAAGCAGAUUACAAUAAGGGAUAUGUUCUUGUUAAACAGUUGGGCAUAAACCCAAGCAAUGUCAAUUCUGAAGACUUGGGAAGAGAUCAGGAGGUGAAGUUAAUGCCAGGACAGAUCCUUCAUAUUGUCAAUCGGCUCUAUCCAUACACCAUCCACUUUGAAGAAGAGAGCUCAGAAAAGGAGGCGCUGCCACCAAAGAGACCCUACAAAGAGAUUUCUCCAAACAGCAGUUCCAACACGUCAAAUAAAUAUCUUAAGACCAAGGGCUCCAAUCCAAGGGAGCACCACACAUUUAACACAAAGCCCGAAAAGAAGCAAGAGAAGAACAAGGACGGGCACACAACAGAAGAUAGAAGCAACUUGGUGACUCGGGUGAGCUCUGCUGAGGCCUCUAGGAGAAAAGAUUUUCAGGGAAUGUGGAGUCAGGGAUUAAAAGUCUCCAUGCAGGAUCCAGAAAUGCAGGUGUAUAAAGAUGAUACAGUUGUUGUAAUUAAGGACAAAUAUCCAAAGGCCCGUUUUCAUUGGCUGGUUUUGCCGUGGGACUCCAUCUCCAAUCUGAAGGCAGUGAGGAGGGAUCACUUAACUCUUCUCCAACACAUGCACCAAGUUGGCCAGAAGCUGGUGCGAGAAUGUCUGGAUUCUGACACAUUGAAAUUUCGAUUGGGUUACCAUGCUAUUCCUAGCAUGAGCCACAUUCACCUUCAUGUGAUCAGCCAAGACUUUGAUUCCCCAUGCUUGAAGAAUAAAAAGCAUUGGAAUUCAUUUAAUACAGAUUAUUUCCUGGAAUCAGAAGAUGUGAUGAAGAUGGUAGAACGAGAUGGAAAGGUGGCAGUCAAGGAUGGAAUGGCUGAGCUGUUAAAAAUGCCACUCAUGUGCCAUGUCUGCCAGCAGCAACAAUCCACCAUGCCACAGUUGAAAGACCACUUGAAAAAGCAUUUUGCUUGAAACGUUCGGCUGUCCCCAAUGCAUCUGCGAGUAUCCCCAACGACCUUGACUCAAUGGAUUUCUGUUCAGUAUUCAGCUGUGCAGGUUAACGAGAGCCAUUCGUUAGUGGCGGAAAUGACCAAUGAAGAAUGUUGAAGCAUUCUGAUGAAAUCCCACCCCCCCAACUGUUGUGUACUUGCCUUGUAACCUUGCUAAAUGUCAAAACUCUGUUAUCUGCUGACAACAUUCUGCUGUUUCACUGGGGGACUGUUGGUAUUCAACGGAAGACUGUUUUACAUUGUUGUUUUUAACCUUCAGCUACCUUUAGAAUGUGAUGGAUAAGUCAAACAGAAAUUAUUCCAGUGCUGUAGCCAAAGUUACAUACCUUAUUUAGACCAUUACAACACUGGUAAACACAAGUUAUCUAAAUCAGCCCCAUCUCCCAGAAUGGGAGAAGUAACAAUUCCUGUAUUGUCAGGGAGGGAUGAAGAGAGAGAGUUCUAAACUUAUGAUUCCAGGAAAUGCAUCCACGUGUCAAUUAUGCUUGCUGACACAAUGUGUUGAAAACAGUUGUUAGAUUAAUAAAUUUAAUUUGAAUAAAGUUGAACAGGUUAAUCCAUCACAGUUGAUUUAUAGAAAAAAAUUGCACCUGAAACUGGAACAGUACAAUAUAUCCUAGUGGAAGGGAAAGGCUGUGAUUUAAUUUAAUUUAAUCUAAUUUGUGUUAAUUUGGUUACAAAAGAUAAAUUCAAAAAUUCUAAUUUUCUGAACAUUUGAGGAUAUGGUUAUUUUAUUAAAAGAGCAUCAUUCAUUAUCGAUGUGUAAUUGAUGUACAGGUAUUUUUGCCCAUCCAAGUCCCUGCUAUAACUCUUCAGCAGUCUUUGACCUAAACUACUCUCUGGCUGCUGUCUCAGGCUUGACUCCCUCCAAAAUAAACCUACAGCUGCCCUGUGUUGCUCUUGGCAUCCUCCGAAUGGCUGAUUGAGGUACUUGGCGAUGACUAAUAAUGAGCAGUGACACUCAACUACCUCUUCUUAAGCUCUCGUUGACCCAGUUCUUACCCCUCCCCCCCAACCCCCUAUCAACUCAUUGCCAACCUCUCACUUCCCACCCUACCCCCCAACUAAUGACCCCGUGGACACUGUCAGCAGAUUAGAUCUCAGUGCCCCUCUCCACAACUCCCACUAGAAUGUCCGUUCUUGUGAGCAAGGCCCUUUUUCAUCCAUGAGUCUAUUGUGGAUGAUUGCAUCAACAUCAUGGACUUUAUGGAAACCUGGCUGAGGGGUGAUGACACCUUCCCCCUAACUGAAGCUGCCCUUCCUGGCUAUACCUUCCGGACUAUCGUGGUGGUGUGGCUCUUAUCACCAAAUCUCACCUUGGCCUGAACUCUUAUUGCUCUGGCGCUUUCUCCUUUCUGCAUCUCACCUUAUUCCACCUCUUCCUCUUAUCUCUCAUUCAAAAUCCUUGUUCUUUAACGCCCACCCAAGUACAAUUUUAAAAAAAAGCCUUCUCACUGGGAUAUCUUCAUUGCUUUCCUCCCUCAGCUUCUGCAUUGAGCGACUUCUCAGCCUUGCUGAUUUCAAACUCCAUCUCAACUCAUCAUGUUCUCUCUCCUCACCUCCUCCCCCCCCCCAAGAAAAAAAACCCUAUCACCAACCCUGGGGAGAAAAGAAGUCCCAAUUCACUUACAACUGCAUUUUCAAAAUCCCAGCUGUCUAACCUUUGACUUUCCACAACAUUUUAUCGUGACUGAUUUGCUCAACAGCACCUUCACCUCCACCUUUGAAGCUGCUGAAACCAUUGCUCUCUUUCAUCCUGGCUAUUCUCCCUGAUUUAGUUCUCAUCUCCGCUCCCUUAUAUCCAAGGGACGCAGGCUUGAAUGGAUAUGGCAAGACAACUUGCUUAGCCGUUUACGAUCAUAUCUUGUGGGACCACCAGCAGCACUAUCGAAGCCCUGCUCCUGUCUGCUAAAGCUGCUCACUGUCCCAGGAUAAUGUUGGAAUGCAAAGGUAAUUCUGGCUUCUUUAUUGCAAACCAUCAUAAAUCCCUCUCCUCCACCCUCACCUCUUACAAGAAGUGUGAGGAGCUUGUGGAUUUCUUUUGCCACUAAGAUUGUGGCUAUCUUCCCCUAGCCCAUGAAGCCAAACUUUCUCUAAAGUUCCCACUGUCCUGACCCUGAGCUUGCGUCAUUCUCUAGUUUCUGUCCUAUCUCCCAUCAUACCUUCUCUGAGUUCAUUGUGUCCACAACACCCACCUCAUGUUUCCUCAACCCUAUUCCAGCUUCAUGAUCACCCAACUUUCCCUCCUAGCUCCAUUGUUAGAUGAUGGUGUUAAUGGUUUUUUCUCUUCAGGUACUGAUGUUCUUCUUCAAAUUUGCUGUCAUCACUCCUCUCCUCAAAAGAAAACUCUUGACCACCCCCCACCCAACCUUGAAAGCUACCAACUUCCCUUUCCUCUCCAAAGUCCUUCAGCAUGUUGAUGCAUCCUAAAUCUGUGCUCAUCUUUCCUGGAACCCCUUGUGCAAAUCCCUCCAAUCAGAUGUGCCCCUGCCACUGUACUGAAAUUGCUCUUUUCAAAUUCACAAAUGACACCCUGUGUGACAAUUACAAAGGUAAACUGUUUUUCCUCACCCUUCUUGAACUGUCUGCAGCCUUUGACAUACCGUCCACCUAGAACGCCUCUCCACUGUUGUCCAGCUGGGUUAGACUGGUUUCAUUCUUAUCUAAUCGUAGCCAGAGAAUCACCACCCUCCCACAUUGUUACUUCUGGUGCCUCCAAAGGAUCGAUUCUUGCCCACCUAUAUUGCACCUACAUCCUGCCCCAUGGAAAUAUUUGAAAACAUAGCAUCAGUUUUCACAUGUAUGCUGAUGAUACACAGCUGUACCUCACCACCACCUUUCUUGUCCCUUCAUUGUUUCCAAGUUAUCAAACUGCUCGUCAAACACCCAUUACUGGAUGAGCAGAAAUUUCCUCCAAUUAAAUAUUGGGAAGACUGAAACCAUUGUCUUUGGUUCCCCACUACAAGCUCUAUUCCCCAGGCACUGAGUCUCUCUCUCUCUCUCUUCCUGGCAUCUCUCUGAGGCUAAACCAGACUAUUUGCAACCUUUAUUAUAUUUGACUAAACAACCAAACAAAGUAGGCAGCAGCCAUUCUCGGGUUUGUUGCCCAUGGCAAUGCCUUGACCAACCAGAGUCAACUUGCCUGGUUUCAAUUUAAACACAGCUUGACAGUUCACUGUCAGUUAUCAGUUAACUCCAUGGCAACACCCCUACUAAUCAGAGUCCACUUGCCAACCAAUUGACACUCUCUUGCAGUAUAAAUUGUUGUUCCUUGUACAAUUUGGUAUUCUUGCAAAUUGUCCUGAUGAGUUCAAGACAAAAAGCUUUGACAGCAUGUCUUUUUUUCAGCAACACUCAAGUUCUGUACUACCAAACAACUAUAUGUUUUAUAUUAAAUGUGCUAUAUAAAUACAAGUUGUUAUUUGUAUUUGCUGAUUGAGAUAUUGAAUUUCUAAAUUCCCCUGGUAAUCUAAUGGCUAAAGGAACUGGUGUUGUGGCACUACACCACACAGAGCAGAAAGAUCCAAUUGAAUUUCUGGUUUGUGUUUCCUGAUGUAGCUCAUGGCAGCUGGAGCAGCAGUUGAAGCACUGCAAGUGACUCUGGGUCAGGCUAUUUGAGCAUGUAUGGACAUCCAGUGAAGACAGGCUUGUACAAUGCCCCUCACAGCAAAAACACCUCCUGACAUUUUGUCUUUAGACUUGCAGUUUUGCCAGUUCAGAUCUGGCAGGCACUGCCUAGAAGGGUGAUGGAAGCAGACUCACUAUUGGUUUCAAAAAGGAAUUGGAAAAAUAUUUGAAGGAGAAAUGAUUACAGGGCUAUGGGGGGGAAUGGGACUAAUUGGCUAGCUCUUUCAUAGAGUUAGGAUAGGCAUGAUGGGCUGAAUGGCUUCCUAUACUGUAUCAUUCUGUGAUAACCCAUAGACCUCUUACGUAAUCAUCAAGUUCUGUACUGGAAUUUAAUUUAAGAUUUGUCAUUUUUUUGCUGUCAUAACCAAUGCUUCGUUAUUCUGGCACCCAGUUAUCUUUCCAUUUUCCAUUCGUACUUAUAAAGUAUCUUUAGCCUAGAAAAA